AUGACGUCGAUCUUCACUUCGGUAAAUUGGAAAGGGCAUUUUGGCAAAUCUACAUCUCCUUACUCCCUCUAUAGAUACAAAGAGUGCCCUACCCCCAAGGAUUACAUUGGACAACACAGAAUCCAAGCUUUCGAGCUUAGCUACGAUCGACAUUCAAAAACAACUAGCUUGCAACACGAUCAGAAAAAUCGAGAUGGCAUAGCCGUGGAAUUCUGCAAUACUGGUCAGCUGCCUCAAGGGCCGAAAGUUGAUACAACAAUCGGCUGGUACUUUGGUCAAGAAGACUUGUCCAAUUUUGACUGGGGCAAUCUCCAACCGGGGACAGAGACUGAGGUCGAACGGAAAUUGGAGAAGAAAGGGAAGUUCAGAUGGAUAAGAGAAAAUGAAGGUCACCUCUACGGCAUUAAUCGACUAUGGGUCAUACGAGGAUAUUUCAUCGGGCCUAAUGAGAAUAACGCUCCGCCGUGCAUAACGGUUCUAUGCGCCCAUGAAGACGUAGCUCGGUUCUUGGUUGACCGUAUUCACGACAAACUACACCUUCACGAAGGCUGGGGCGCGACGAGGCUACCUGGAGUCAAGGUGCUAAGACUGGCGUCUGAUCUUGGAAGCAAUGAUAAACCUGACAAACCUGAUCAAUACUCUGUUGAUGGAGAAGCUCAGAAGGAUCAGAUAAGGAUUGAGAUUGGAUCCCCAGACAAACACUCUAUGCCAACCAUGUCGAACGAGGAUCUCUCUUCCUGGGCACAGAGUCGUCAUCGGUGCGGCGUUCAAGUUGAAAUCGUCAGAGACUCAGAAGUCAUUGCGAAGGCAACCGUUGGCGGCCUCAUCGUAGUUGGGGGCGAAGUGUAUGGCUUGACAGAAGGGCAAGCUUGCGGCAUGGAGCUUGACUGGGCGCUUGUUAAAAUCCUAGGCCUCCAUGAAAAAGAUGUUGAGAUUUGGGAGGAUGUUAACCUAGCCCAGACGGUGAGCGGUGAAUUUCGUCCUGUCCUUAUCGCCUUGGAGGAACCAGCUCCAUCCACCCACGUGGUACUAGCCACUCCCGGAUCGACGCAUUGUCUCCGUGGUGUCUUUGUUGGCCCUGGUGCUAUUGUUAACAUCCCAGCAUCACCGACCCCCUAUGCCACAUGGGUCUGCAGGAUGGAGCUACCAUGGCUAGUACAGCCAGGAGAUAGUGGAUCAUGGCUUCUCGAUGCUGACAGCGGCAUGCUUCUUGGAAUAUUAGUGGCAGGCUGCCCUGAAUUACAAGAAGCAUACAUCAUUCCUGCUCACGAAAUCAUCGACGACAUAAAGCGACAUUACUCAAAUGACCCACAUUUAUCUAUCAAUCUUCCGAAUUGCCAUCCUCUCCCAAAAACCAAACAGAUUGACCUCCAUAGGUACAUUAAUGAAUACGGAUCUAUCGUCAAGAGUUUUGAGAAUAUUGACUCGCUGCAAAAGCUAGAGGAACUUGACAGUCGCAUAACGAAGUGGAUUGAGAAUGCCGAAGCUUUUCGAGAUAUUCCUCCAUCAUUGUAUAAUUUGCGAAGUCGAAGUUCACGAUGGCAACCUACUCUAUCAGUCCUACAAUAUGAGACCUUGGAAAGUAAAGAAUGGCUUGACUCUAAAAACUCAAGUUUCGAUAGCUUUGAGGGCCCGCUCAAAACCGCCAUUCAGCAGUCUCCGUUACGAUGUUGCAACUUUAUGAACGAAAUGUUUGCGGUUCAGAAAAAGUCAACACAGACGACUUUGUUACGACGUUUAUGGCGAUGUUUGAUGUUAGGUCUCAGCACUUAUUUGCGCAACGACGAGGACAUACCCGAGGCCACUAAAUCUGUGUACGACCUCAUGAUGAAAGCAGAGGUUGGUUUGAUGUUGCAUAAGACAUCCGCAGACUAUUCCGGGCCUCGAUCUCCUUGGGAAAUGAAUUUGAUUGAAAAGAGACAAAGCGGCGUCUUUCCGUGGUAUAACCAUGGUUCUGCACACAGAUUUCCAGAAUCUUAUCUAAAUAUUAGACGCCAUUGGUACCCCGUGAAACGAGACUACUUGUCACGGGGCAAGGCUAUGCGAAGAGCUAAAUGGGUCCCAUGGGACAGAUAUACUGCUACGGAAGUUCUUGGCAGAUUACGCAAAGAUCUCGAGGAGCAGAUUGUUGUCCAACGGAAGGGUGUUGAAAUAAGUUUACCAGAGACGGAGACGUUAGAUUCGCUCUUCUUGUCUCAGAACACUGACAGUAACAUGGUGCUCUUUGCCGUCAAGUUAAUGGACAAAGAUGGCAAGUUCUCCGUUAUUUUACCACCACCCUCUAUCGGUCCAUGUACAUACACCCAGUAUGGGAUACCUGGACAUCGCUAUCCGAAGUAUUUCGCGAGCAAUAACGCAAUUACGUACUCCCCUUGGAGGCUUCCAUUCAUUCUCACAAAGAAAAGCGUUCAUGAUAAGGAAAACCUUAAAUUGUUGCUGUCAACGCAGCUCAACAUCAACGUCAGCGAUUUCAAACGACAUCAAAAACUAAAUCUUUUACAAAAUCACUCUAGAUUCUAUCUCAAGGAAUACAACCAAUACGUCGAUGUUGUUAUCUAUGAGGGUCAUAUCGAGGAUCAGGAUUUUACUAUGGAGCAUGGUCCGACUGGUUGGAUGAUGCCAGCGGUGAAUGAGGAAUCAGCAAAAAAACACUUGUCGCCUCCUUUUUCUGCUAUUCUUGAUUUCCACGAUGAUGAUAUGGAAUGUUGA